AUGCAGUGCAACAAGCUUGCUGCCAAGGUUAGCGCCACCACCACUGCCCUCAUGCAGAUCUGGGGCUUUGAUGGACGCCAACACUAUGCCCUGGCCCACAUGCUUGCCACCUACUUCACCUUCAAGCCAGCAGCCCUUCUCAAGGAAGUCAUUGCCCUCAGCCUGACCGUGCCAGACCAGCAGCAGUCUCUUGAUCAUGUGCUCCUCACCAACCUGCAAGACCUCCUCACCCAACCUCUCCAUGGAGCUGCAAUCAUCAGGGCGUUGGUCUCUCCUUCAGUCAGUACAAACGCCUCAUCUUCUACCUUGGGAAGGAUCCCCACAACCCUCAAAAUCGUCCUCUCCACUUGUCUACUGGGCCUGGGAGGCUAUCCAGAUCCCUCUCACACUGAGCCCCUGGUCAAAGGUGUCAAGCCUUACAACAUCAUGUUCUGUGUUUUACAUGCACUCACCCACAUUGGCGACCUGGUGGUCAACUGGCUCCACAACUGGACAAUGAACCAGCCAGACCACCAAGUCCUUUUGGUCAAGCUCAACUCUGUCUUGUUUGGCCAAUGGGUGCACCUCGCCAUCUCUGACAUGGCGCCCAUGCAAGGCUGGCACCUAAAAGUCCACCACCUGUUCCACAUCAUGUACAUCUUCAACCCAUUCCUCCCUUCUCACAAGGAAGAUAUGGUGUGGUUCCAGGCGAACAUGAGGCAGGUCAUGGAGACCUUCACCACCAUCAUCUGCAGCCACCAUCAGCCCAACUAUGAGACCCUUCAGUGCAUGCUGAAGGCCGCCUUCCACAACUGGUCUCCCCACUACAGUGGCACCUCCACCAUGGACAUGCUUUGGAUGGUGUGGGAGCAGUGGUUUAUGAGGAUGCAGGUCUGUGUCCUUGAAGGCUGUGCAUUGAUUCCCUUCCUCAACACUGACCUCAAGCGCCAGCUCAGCAUUGAGGCCCUCCUCUCUUCCCCCUCUACUGCUGGCGUUGUCUAG